UCCAGAGAAGACGUGCCUAGUGCUUACAAGUAGACUUUCUACUGGUUACAGCGAUACGGCUUACUAUUCUUCGGAAAUCGGUUUUUGUCCCGUAAGUAAAUUAUUUAUUAAUUUUUUGACAAAAAUACGUGACCAUUCAUUAAAAAAAAAACGCCAUGACUGACAUAAGCUCGUACAGAGACCAACACUUUAAAGGCUCACGAGGUGAGAUGGACAAGCUGUUGCGUUUGUCGACAACCAUGUAUGUUGGAAACUUAGCGUUUUAUACGACGGAAGGACAAAUAUAUGAGCUGUUCUCAAAGUGUGGCGAUAUUAAGCGCAUCGUCAUGGGCUUGGAUAAAUUCAAGAAAACGCCCUGUGGCUUUUGCUUCAUUGAAUACUAUACAAGGGAAGAUGCAGAGAAUUGUAUGCGUUUCGUCAACGGCACACGACUAGAUGACCGCAUCAUACGAACAGACUGGGAUGCCGGAUUUAUAGAAGGGAGACAAUAUGGCCGUGGGAAAACAGGCGGCCAAGUGCGAGACGAGUAUAGGACUGAUUAUGACAUCGGCCGAGGUGGAUAUGGCAAAAACGCUCAACCCAAAGCGGACAUGAUAAUAUUCGGAAGAAACAAAGAAGCCCUUCCAAUGGAAUAAUGCACGAUUUUACAACAAAAUGUUCCACCAAAUUAUUUUUUUCUAAAUAUAUAUACCUAAUUUUUUUUUUUUUUUUCUAUCACGUGUAAAUUUCCUAUCACUUGAUUUUGUAAAUAAAUAAAUAUUUUUAUAUGUUGUA